UGCGUUCAUCUUCUCGCCAUCGCCUCUCACCUUCAGGUCGUUCCUCACGCUGAACUCAUCGGGCGAGUUCACUAAUCGUUGUAAAUUAUCCCACUGCUGUACUCCGUCACCUGAUGGCCGCCGAGCCGUCGUCAUUUAUAAUUAUUGCAAUGGCAACACAUCAACCCCGUUUGAUGUCAAAGAAACGGACACGAUAGGGAACACGCUAAAGGCUGCCCGCGAUUGCCUGGCUAGUACCUUCAAGAUCGAGGAAGGAUGCUUUUGCCCAGAAUCCGCCGCGAUCACCUUGUUCAUCACGAGCGACGUGAGCUCUAUGAAGAAGAUCAUCACAUUACUGUCAUCGUACCAUCGAAACCGCAACAUGAAAACCCCCACCCUGUACCUCACGCCCUUCUCCUUCCGCUCAAACCUGAGAGAGAUAGGUUUGAGGAGCUUCUAUUGCGGCUCGAGAAUGAGGUGAACGAAAUGAAGCAAAAAGAGCAGGAGAUGGACAACGAGAUGAACGAAGUGCAGAGGGAGGUCAAGAAGGUAGCAAAAGAAAUUGAGGAGCUGCAUGAGAAUCACAGGAACAGGGACGAGAAAUAUCAGGAAGACGCGGACGAGCACAGUAAGUAUAUGGAGAAGCUAGAGGAGAGGAUGUCCGAGCUCAAAGCGGAAAAUAAAGAACUUGGGGAUAAACUUGAUUGGUUGAAGAAUACUACGACCGAAACCUUUGACGUUCUAGCCGCUGGUGAUAAAGUUGGCUAUUCCUAUAUCAAAAUUCGGAACCUGGUGUACAAAGCACGGGAAGAAAUUGUCGAGAUUCUUCAGCUUGAUAAACACAACUCGAACCCACUGGAUGCUUUUCGGGCCGAGUUCUAUUCUGGACCGUUAGUACAGAGAAUCCAAGUGCUCCAAUCCAAACUCGAACCUUUCCGAAAUCUCCAUCCCUCAAUUCAGCCCCUUCUUGACCAAAAAACAUUGGGCAUCCUCGUGGACACAAAUAAUGACUUGCAAGUCAAGGCAAACCGAAUUGCCCACGACGUCUACCGCCUAGGCUGGUACCGAGCUGCCAUUGAUACGCCCGUGUUCGCUGACAAGCGGAGCACAUUAACCACAAUCCUUAAUUUUGUCGCCGCUAUGAACCCUAUGCCCAACCAGUGA